AUGGCUUCCGAGGACGACCAUCCCCCCAACGCCAAUGGAGAUCUGGAGAAGCAAGAUAGUUCCAGCGGCCACGUUCGCUCCCCCGGAGGAACUCCCCCAAGCCAUGAAAGGAAAGAGCGCAGGAGCGGAACCAAUGGAAGCGGAAGUUCAAACGGGAUUGAGAAUGGAACGGUCGACGGCCACCCUAAGAUAGAACUGAGCGAAGUGAAAUGCUACGACAGGUUGGGUUACAGCUUUCCCUGGUGGAAGAAAUGGGCCAUCAUUUCGGUCAUCUUCAUGGUCCAGACCUCAAUGAAUUUCAAUGCCAGUAUAUAUGCGAGCAGCAUCACUUCAUUUGCAAAGCAUUUCAGCAUCUCUGAGCAAGCCGCGCGCGUUGGCCAAAUGGCCUUUCUCAUUGCUUAUGCAUUCGGCUGCGAGUUCUGGGCCCCGUUCAGCGAGGAGUUUGGCCGAUGGCCCAUCAUGCAAUUGAGCUUGUUCUUCGUCAAUAUUUGGCAAAUUCCCUGUGCGCUGGCUCCCAACUUUGGGACUAUAGUUGUUUGCCGUAUUCUCGGUGGUCUAUCAUCUGCCGGUGGCUCUGUGACCCUGGGCAUGGUUGCGGAUAUGUGGGAGCCAGAGAACCAGCAAUAUGCCGUCGCUUUCAUUGUGCUAUCUUCCGUGACAGGCUCAGUCAUUGCCCCGGUUGUUGGUGGUUUCGUGGCGACCUUCUUGGACUGGCACUGGAACUUUUGGACCCAGCUGAUUCUCGGAGGCGCUGUGCAAAUCAUGCACUUUUUCGUUCCGGAGACGAGAUGCAGCAUCCUCGUUACAAGAGAGGCGAGGCGGAGACGCAAGAAUGGGGAAAUGGUGUGGAGCGGUGAUGAGCUCAAGAAGACGCGCAUGUCUUUCCGCUGGGUAUUCAUGGUUUGGGUACGGCCCUUCAUCAUGUUCCUGCGAGAGCCUAUUGUCCUGUGUCUCUCACUUCUUAGUGGCUUCAGUGACGCCCUGAUCUUUACAUUCUUGCAGUCUUAUACCCCGGUCUACAAGCAAUGGCACUUCACUACGAUUACAACCGGGCUGGCUUUCCUUCCACUUAUGGUGGGAUACUUAAUCGCCUAUUUCUCGUUCUUGCCAUGGAUUCGUCGACAUUGCAGAAUCCAAGAACAAGAUCCAGAUGGGCUUCAACCGGAGGCUCGCCUUUACUGGUUGCUAUGGGUGGCACCACUGUUAUCGAUUGGUCUGUUUGGGUUUGCGUGGACGAGUCUUGGACCACCCCACGUCCAUUGGAUUGCACCCAUGAUCUUCUCAAGUUUGAUUGCCACUGCAAAUUAUGCGAUCUAUAUGGCAACAGUCGAUUACAUGAUUGCAUCGUAUGGCCCAUACGCCGCUUCGGCAACAGGAGGCAACGGCUUUGCGCGCGACUUUCUUGCUGGUAUCGCAGCCAUGUAUUCCCUUCCCAUGUAUCAGCAUAUGGGUACAGUACACAAACUGGAAUGGCCAUCCACAUUUUUGGGCUUUAUGGCUAUCCUUUUCACCAUUCCGAUCUACGUUUUCUACUGGAAAGGCCCCUGGAUCCGAGAAUUGUCGCCCUUCGCGCAGACCCUGGCUUCCGACAGGAAGGCGGCUGGUCGCAGGGUGUCGUCUUGUGGUUCCGGCGACCCAGACCCUGUCGAGCGAUAUCUGUCAUCGCGAUCUGACCUGCCGGAGAGAUGUUCCACUCAUUCUCAUCAUGGGAGUAAUUAG